GCACAUUAAAACUGUACAUUUCACAUGACUUCAUCUUUAAAGAAAAUGUAGGUCUUUUCACACUGUAAUUUUAAAAUAUAUCACAAGGAAAAGAGCAAGUUUGGGUACUUACUAAGUUUUAAGUUAUAACUUCAUGUAUCUAUCUUAAAGUAACUAUUGUCAUUGAAUGAAGGUCAUGCUGAGAAAUGAUUGAAUGGGUCUUGGAUUAAGAGUGACUUGAAGUCAUACUCUGCUUCGCUGAACUAUUUUAGAUAAAAUAUAUUAUGAAACUCAUUUAAAUCCAGUGAUAACCAGGAAAAGCUAAACUUGACCCAUAUUUUUUGUCUGGAGCUGGGAAAGAAGGCUGAGCACUCUAGUUGGAAGCAAUCACUUCAAGAGACUGCCCAGUAGAAAGCAAAAACGGACUUUCAGAUGCAGGUUAUAUAAUCAAUCGUUUAAAGAACAGGAUACAAAACUCACACCUGUGAGGGCAUGUGAACUAUCGAGAUGGUUAUCUAAAUGCCACCUUGCUGAUUCUUGCCUCUUAAAGUAUUUCCAUAUUAUAUUUUCCAUUCACAGAUUCAUAGCCAGCUGUGGGCAAAUAAAGAUAUUAAAUUUUUCAGACCCUUAGAAAUAAACUUCUCUAUUCUUCUGGAGUCUCUGUUUUUUUUUGUUUUUGUUUUUUUUUGUCAGACAUUGAGUGUGGUAUUUUGAGCACUGCUUCAGAUACAACGGCAAUUUUUAAAAAGUAAAAAUAACUAUUAUUGCAAAAGCAUUAUACAUUGUAGAAAAUGUCACAAAAUAUUGUGACUAGUGCUAAACAAAAAGUAGAGGAUAAUAUCAUGAUCAUUGUACAUCCUUGCAGACCUUUAAAAAAACUAAAAAAUAUACACUUUUUUUUGGGUAACUUGUUUCUCCUAACAUAGUUUCAACAUCUUUGCACAUUAGUAUUCAUUUACAAAAUUAUUUUAAAGUUUCACAGCAUUUAGAUGUAUCCACAGUAUACACAACCAUUUUCUUGGUGUUAGGCAUUUUGGUUAAUUCUGUCACUACAAUAAUUCUGGGAGGUACAUUAAUAACUUUAAGGCUUAAAUUCCUACAUUCCAGUAGAGUAUUAUGGUGUUCCUUCUCCCACAAGGUGAUGUGUAGGCAUUAUUAUUUCACAGAACAAAUUCCCCUUGUGAUGCCAUCUUAUCCGUUAGGUGCGAGUUCUUGAUUAAUUUCGAAUCCGUAAGGUUGUGCGUGAGAUGAUUCUGCCUGCUCGCCGAGACGCCGACUCCUCCCACUGUCCGAUCCCCGCCAAGGUGACCGCAGCUGGUUAGGCGUGCUUGUGCACGCGCAUGUGCGGAGCUGCGUGUGCGCUUGCGCACUCGAGGACGGCGGCUGCGCGGGUGGCCAGAGGGCUAGUGAAGGUACUUUGGGUGCUGGCUGGUCUUAUUCUUCCUUUCCACCGCCAAAUCAGGUCGGGAUUAGUUCGAGAGAGGGGAGUCUAAUGACCUGGGAUUUGGCUGCUUUCUUCGGGUGAUCGUUCUUGAGAGAAGUGCCGGGGGUUUGACCACACCCCUUUAUUCCCGCCCGCGGUCUGCGCGGUUUGGAAACCCUGCUCACACCAAGCACCUGAAACAACACCUCGGCUAUUGUUUCUUACACCUUUAAGCUAUUUAAACAACACUACUUCCUGGGCGUUGGUGGUCUGUUACUGGAGUGUGUUUCCCCAUCUGAAUCUCAGCCAUGUUUUCAAGCUGCUUGCAGAAUGUGCUAAAAAUUAUAAACCCUCAUCUUCUAUAUUCAGGAUUAUGCCACCAAUUAAUAAGAAACAAAAGGUUUUUCGGAUCUGUGCCAGCAUCCAGAUUGCACAGGCGGGUUGUCAUUACAGGCAUUGGCUUAGUGACCCCUCUUGGCGUUGGAACUCAGCUGGUAUGGGAUCGUCUGAUCCGGGGAGAGAGUGGAAUUGUUUCACUGGUUGGUGAAGAAUAUAAGAAUAUCCCUUGCAGUGUUGCUGCUUAUGUGCCAAGAGGUUGUGAUGAAGGUCAGUUCAAUGAACAAAAUUUUGUGUCCAAAUCAGAUAUCAAGACCAUGUCUUCGCCCACCAUUAUGGCCAUUGGGGCUGCAGAGUUAGCCAUGAAAGAUUCUGGCUGGCAUCCUCAGUCAGAAGCUGACCAAGUGAGUACUGGUGUUGCAAUUGGCAUGGGAAUGAUUCCUCUGGAAGUUGUUUCUGAAACUGCUUUGUUGUUUCAUUCAAAAGGUUACAAUAAAGUCAGCCCAUUCUUUGUCCCCAAGAUUCUGGUCAAUAUGGCAGCAGGCCAGGUCAGCAUUCGAUAUAAACUCAGGGGCCCCAAUCAUGCAGUAUCUACAGCCUGUACCACAGGAGCUCAUGCUGUGGGAGACUCUUUUAGGUUUAUUGCCCAUGGUGAUGCUGACGUGAUGGUGGCUGGAGGUACUGAUUCUUGCAUUAGCCCUUUAUCUCUUGCUGGGUUUUCCAGAGCUCGUGCUCUGAGCACAAACUCUGAUCCUAAGGUGGCAUGUCGACCAUUUCACCCAAAGAGAGACGGUUUUGUAAUGGGAGAAGGUGCAGCUGUGCUGGUGCUGGAAGAGCACCAACGUGCUGUUCAACGAGGAGCUCGGAUCUACGCAGAAGUUUUGGGCUAUGGACUGUCAGGUGACGCUGGUCACAUAACCGCCCCUGACCCGGAAGGGGAAGGUGCCUUAAGAUGUAUGACAGCUGCUGUAAAGGAUGCAAACCUACAGCCUGAAGAGAUAUCCUAUGUCAACGCGCAUGCUACCUCCACACCGUUAGGAGAUGCUGCUGAAAACAAAGCCAUUAAACACCUUUUCAAAGACCAUGCCCAUGCCCUUGCCAUUUCCUCAACUAAGGGAGCCACGGGACAUCUGCUGGGGGCAGCAGGGGCGGUUGAGGCAGCGUUUACUGCCCUGGCUUGUUAUUACGGAAAACUGCCACCUACUUUAAACCUGGACUGCACAGAACCGGGAUUUGAUCUCAAUUACGUUCCACUAAAGGCACAGGAAUGGAAAACUGAGAAAAGACGUAUUGGACUCACCAAUUCCUUUGGUUUUGGUGGUACUAAUGCAACACUGUGUAUUGCUGGCAUGUAGGACAACUCAUUUGUAAUCAAGCAUUGAUUUUUAAUGUUAUAUAUAAACUAUAUGAAGUGGAGAAAUAUUGUGUUUAUGUAAAUGCAUAGACUUACAUGUGAUCAUACCCUUUAUCUGUGUCAGGGUUUCUCAGUCUUGGCACCGCUGAUAGAAUUCUUUGUUGGGGAAAGGAGGGUUGUCCUUUGCAUUGUAGAAUACUCUGUGCACUGGAUUGCAAGAGCAACUCCUUCCUCGGUUGUGACAAACAAAGAUGUCUCUAGACAUUGCCAAAUGUUUUCUGGGAUGCAACACAGCCUCCAUGUGAAAAGCACUGCUCUGUGUUUUUCUGACAUUCUAGAGGAAGUAACUCUUUAUGAUAUUUCACCUGCUCUUGUCUCCUACACGUUUGGUGAGUAGCCGCUUUGUGCUAGGUACGGUUGCUGCGUGGUAGAACUCCAGGUAUACCAUUCCAUACAGUACAUAGGAAAGGAAUACAAAUAUAACGAAGUUUGUAUCAUUGCUCCCCAUUCUUUGAGUAAAGCAGUCAGCUAGCAAUCAUCUACCAUAUUUUUCGGACCAUAAGAUGCAUCUAGGUUUUAGAGGAGGAAAAUAGAAAAAAAAUUUUGAAGAAAAAAUGUGGUAAAAUAUUUAAUAACAACAUAAUAUUUCACCAAUGUAAAUGUAAACAGAAGUCAACAGCAGCAUUAAAAACCAUUAUUCCUCUUAAAUUUUGAGAGAGAGAUGGGUCUUAUGGUCUGAAAAAUAUGGUAUUUGCCCCUUACUUAUCUAGCUCUCUUUAUAUUACCUAUGCUAAGAUUUAGUAAGUUAGCCCUGGCUGGUGUAGCUCAGUGGAUUGAGCAGGGGCCUGUGAACUAAGGGAUUGCAGGUUGAUUCCCAGUCAGGGCACAUGCCUAGGUUGCAGGCCAGUUCCCAGUGGGGGACACACAAGAAGCAACCAUAUAUUGAUAUUUCUCUCCCUCUCUCCUUUCCCUCCCCUCUAAAGAUAAGUAAAUAAAAUUUUUAAAAAAUUUAGUAAGUUAGUGGAAUUUUCCUAAAUUCCCAAACCAUCAGUUCCCUGAAAGAAGGAAGUAAAAUUUGUUACUAUUCCUUCCCUAUCGAUGGCAGUACCUAGUGAGUAAUGGAGACAAGGGUUGUUAGGAAGUGGAUCAGAACUUGGUGAUCCGAGCCACAUCACCUUGGCCCACCUCUAACUUGACUGCAGCUAUCAUAAUUAGUGCUUGUGUUUGCCCCCUACAUUUCUCCACCAGUGCUGAUAGUAUUUCUACUUUUCCACCUUGUGGCUUUUUCUAAAGCCAGUGCAUCCCAUUCAACUCCAUUGGCUGGAAGUGUUGGGAUGGGAAAGGGCACAAGUUCCCUAGCAACUUCUGAGGGAUGGGAGUUGGUGAAUAAGGGUCUCGGCCUCCUUCCGAGGGGUAUCUAAAGUUUUAUGCAAUUUCUCAAAGGGUUUUCAGUGAAAUAAAACUUUAAUAUUCACAGUAUUAACCAGGUCAACAGUA